AUGGAUGUGCUUGUGUUGUGGGAAGACGGUUCGAGGAACGUCGUGUCUUCAAAUGAACUUAAAACCGAUAAAUAUAAGCGCUUUAAAGUAGGAAAUAAGGUUCACAUGAAAUAUAAUAGAAAAUGGUAUCAUGGAAUCAUUCUAGAUGUGGAAAAUCUAGUUGGCAGCGAUUCGGAGGACGAAAUUCCGUUGAGCAAAUUAUUGAAAUCAUCUAGUGGAAAUGAACAGGCAACAAAUAGAAACGAAUUAGUACAUGCUGAACCAGGUGAAGUUACAACUUACAAUGACUUAUUCAUUUCUCAAGCAAAACCAGAGGAAAAGGCAGUUCUAGAACCGGAAGUUUUGCCGUCCAUUAAUGUCGGUGGAGAUAAUGAAAUACUUAAUGUUGACUCGGAUAAGGAAAAUAGCUUUAUUGACGACUACGCUUCUCCAUCAGAUGAUUACGAUUCUGAUGCCGAUCCUCCUUUUGGACAAUGUCAUGUCAAAACUUGUAAAGGGGAAGUUUUUGCGGCGUGCCAUAGAUGUGAUUUUCUACUAUGUUUUGACCAUUUCAAUGAGGAUGUGGAAAAUUGUAAGUACCACGGCAUAAAUACUGUGUACAAUACUGGAAAGGCUGGGCCCAAUCGUUGUAGAAAAGCUUUGGACAAAAAAGCUCUUUUACAAGUCAGUAGCCAAAUCAGUCAACAGAAUAAAGAAAAAACGAAAAUUGUUGAGCAUCCAGAAGGCUAUUUAGUUGAGGGCGCUUCAGAAGAGAGAACGAUUGCUAAGAAAAAAAGAAUUAAUAAAUCCAAAGAAGCUAAACUUUUGCGGAACUCAGGUCAAGAGUAUUUCAGCUUAAAGACCAAAAAGAAAAUCCCAGCCAGACAAAUAAAGGAACGUUGUGACGGGCAAAAAUGGGACCUAGCAAAGCAAAGAGAAUUUUUAGUCCGUCACGUUCAAGUUCUUCCUAAAAAGAGAUCAACUACUGUCAACAGUGACUCACGUAGAAAAAAUUCCAGAUUAUACGUUUUAACAGUAAAUAACAACCAAAUUAUGGUGUGCAAGAGAUUUUUCUUCAAUACACUGGGCAUUCCCGAGCGAACAUUCCGUACAGCAUUUUCAAAAAUUACUGCAACAGGUACAAUAGAAAAGGAAAUGAGAGGGGGCAGGCAGAGAAGUGUUGCAGUUAAAAACAAGGAAAGAGAAAAUAGAAAUGAAAUCGAGGCCCACAUCGACCGAUACCCUCGCGUGGAGUCCCAUUUCUGCAGAUCAAGCACGAGCAGGAUGUAUCUCCAUCCAGAUCUAUCAUUGAAAAAAAUUUAUAAAAUGUUUGUAGAAGAACAAGAAUCCAAAAAGAACACAAACAUUCCAAGUUUAACUACUUAUCGAAGAAUUUUCAAGGCGAAGAAUCUGUCGUUUUUAAGGCCAAAGAAAGAUCAGUGCUCACUUUGCUUAUCCUUCAAAGAGGGAGACGCUGCUAUUAAAGAAGAUUUAAAAGAUAGAUACGAGAAACACAUUUUAGAGAAACAACUAGUGAGACAGAAAAAAAGUGAAAGUAAAGAAAAGGCAAAGACUGAUUCAGAUAUCCUUUGCGCGGUUUUUGAUCUUCAACAGGUGAUUUACUUACCCAUUUCACAGGAGUCUGCAAUUUUCUAUAAGUCAAGGAUGUCAGUUUUUAAUUUCACUUUUUACAAUGUAGCCACCAGAGAAUGUUACUGCUUUGUCUGGGACGAAACAAACGGGAAACGUGGGUCGACUGAAAUUGCAACUUGUCUAUUCAGAGCAAUUGGCCAAUACGUCGGAAAAGGAGUACAUACCAUAGAACUCUUCUGUGAUGGGUGCUACGGCCAGAAUAAAAAUUCGGUUGUAGCAUCCAUGUUGCUGUAUUCGUUGGCAAAAUACAACACUAUUAAAAAUAUUACUUUGAAAUUUUUUGAAACCAAUCACGGACAAAACGAAGGUGAUAGCGCCCACAGUGCUAUUGGUUAUGCGCUGGCACAUUCUGGUGACCUCUUUGUACCGUCACAACUAUACCCAGUCAUUCGAGGUGCAAGAACACAACCUAAGCCGUACACUGUUAUUCCAAUGAGUUUUGGAGAUUUUCUUGAUUUCAAAACAUUUUCGAAAAAUCUAAGACUAUUAUCUGUAAGACAAAGCGAGAAAAACAGAUCUUUAAAAUGGACCGAGAUUAUGGAUCUUAGUGUCAAUAAAGAAGGACCGAUGAGCAUUUUCUUUAAAUAUAGCCACGCUGAAGAAAGUUAUGAUAAAAUUGUGCUUAAACAACGUGGUGGAAUAAGCCAUCUAAUUAUUGAUAAUUUGAAUAAAGAACAAAUUAAAAUUUCCAGAAAGAAAUAUGAAGAUUUAACUGCUCUUUGUAAACCAUCUGGCAGAAACAGAACAGCGGUAAUACGCACACCCGAACUUCAAAACUUCUUUUACUCUUUGCCGCACGAAGAAGACGAAAAAUAA